AUGUCUUUCCACCUUUCUGCCGAGAACAUCCGCGUCGACGACGGCCACAUCCUCCACGCCCAGCUCCGCAACGAGAACGGUGACCUCAACGACACCUCGAUCGACCUCAACACCGUCCUCGGCAACGACAACGGCCGCUUCGACUGGUCCGGUGGUGGCUUCUCCGACUCCGCCGAGAACAUCCGCUUCGAAAUCGAGGGCGGCGAAAACGUCCCCAUCCUCCGCGCCCGCCUCUUCAACCUCGAGGGCGAGGCCAUCGACGCCGACUGCAACCUCUCCGAGCGCAUCGGCAACGACAACGGCAACUUCGUCAUGAGUUAG